CAAAUUCCUUAACUUUAAUCUAUCAUACGUUUCCUCUCACAAUCCCUGAAUUCCUUCUCUCCCUAUUUUCCCUCAAUACUCCGCUGUGCUCCGGAGAAAUGGGUGUGAGACUCGGCGUUCCGAUCUGCAUCGAGUGUGGAACCCAUAGGAACCCGUGCAGGUGCAGGUUGGUUGGGCCGAGCCUGGGGUUCUUAGCCUUGGUUGUGACGGCGGUGGUGGAGUGGCCCGUCGGAGCUCUGGUUUACUUAUUCCGCCACCACAAAGGCCGCCGUAUCAUGGGUCAUCCGGUCACCGUUGUUUACCCUUCCGUGUCUAAUGCGAUUCCUAUUUGAGAAACUUUUUGUUAUUUUCUUUUCUUUUAGUAUAAAUGGGACAAGCUCAAGAAGCUUUGUGAUCAUAAAUUCUGGUCCUGUCUUUUUCUUACAUAAAUAAAUAAAGUUAAAUUCAGUUAAUUUUAGAUAAAGUAAAAACGUUGGGAAUUAUACAAUUAAUUGUUGUUAGGAUAUGAUGUUAAAAUGGUACUUUCAAAUGGAAUCAUAAUGUUUAAUGUUGGGGAUUGAUUCUUGUUCAUAUGUAUAAUAAAUGUUAUGUAAAAGAAA